UACGAGUGGUGGGCAAAGAAGUGCCGGAGCUUCCAGCACGCAGCGGCAUCCUCAGCAGUAAGAAGCCGCAGUGCAGCAGCGUUGAAGCCGGUACUACCUCGUCUCUUACUGGGGAGGGGGGGACUCUUGAAGUGAGUUUUUGUGUUGAUAAUUUCCGACUCGGAAGAAGUGCGUAGACUUGAAUGUUUUUGUGGUGACCGGAGCAGGAGAACCAGCGUGGAGAGCAGCCUUCCAACUUUGUAAGCCUGCUUUUGGCUUCACGAGAGAGGCGUUUGCUUUCCGAAGAGACUCGUAGAUGUUUCUCCUUAUGUUCGCUGUGGGACUUCUAACUUCGUUUAAAAAAAUAACUACAUAAAGGUUUACUUUGUGUAAGCAAAAAACAAUCCAUUUAAAAAAGCCCACCGGACGAAAAAAGAAGAGCGGGGAUAAGUGGAUGUACAAGGGACCAUGGAUGUGACAGUUUACCCGCCUCCCCCUCAGCCUCUGGCCGCGUCAGACCCCACCAGACUGGGACAGCUGUCUUACCCUGACCCGGCCUUCGGGACCAACAAGUUGGAAGGGGACAGCACCUUCCUGAGCAUGCAAGAAACGGGCCUGGACUAUGUUUCCACCAACCAGUUUCGUGUGCCGCCACCCCCCCAGCCUCUCAGCAAGGCAACACCUCCCAACCCCUCGUCGCAGCACUGGAGGCGGGACACGACUGUGGUCGACACACACCGUCUCCCCUGGUCCUACCAAGUGGGCCCUUUGGGUGAUGAGGACUUCAACAUCCCACCCAUCACCCCCCCUACCCUGCCGGACCACAUGCUGCCCCCUCAUCUGCCCCAUGAUUCCUCCACUGGACCCUACCCCCCUCUGGAUACGCCCUCCAGCUCAGCGUCGCACCACCCCUAUCAGCUGCAGGGCAUGAAUCUGCCUGGCAUACCUGGGAGUCAGGAUGGCGCCGCUAUGCUGAACCAAGAUGGCGGCACGUUCAGCCCAAACGGGGCAGCCAUGACCAGUACUCUAUCUGUGAUGCAGCAGAUGGUCAACUCUGAUUCUCGCUUUGCCGGCAGCCAGCCGCCCAUGGAGGCGGCACUAGGACCCAGGAACCGGUCGGGUGUGACCCACGCCGGCCAACUGUCCACCAUCAACCAAUCCCAGCUAGGACUGAGUGGCAGCUCGCUUCCCCAUCACUCUCCGUCUCCUCCCGGAAGUAAAUCUGCCACACCAUCUCCUUCCAGCUCGGCACAUGAGGAUGACAAUGAUGAAGGCCUCAGGGGCGUCGGAGGUGAGAAACGGCCAGCAGCUUUCGACAUCUCCAAGAAGCCCAAGACGCCCAAGAAGAAGAAGCGAAAGGACCCCAAUGAGCCGGUCAAGCCGGUGUCCGCCUACGCUUUGUUCUUCAGGGACACCCAAGCCAACAUCAAGGCCCAGAACCCCAACGCCACCUUUGGGGAGGUGUCCAAGAUUGUGGCCUCCAUGUGGGACGGCCUGGGCGAGGAACAGAAACAGGUGUAUAAGAAGAAGACAGAGACGGCUAAGAAGGAGUACCUGAAACAACUGGCUGCCUACAGGGCCAGUCUGGUCUCUCAGAGUUACAACGAUCCAUCCGAGAUGAAGCCACCCCACUCCUUAUCGACGCCCUCCUCCUCCUCUCCCUCCAUGUUCACAUCCAAGCCGUCCGUCUACGGGGGCCAGCACCCUUCCUCCGGCUCACUGGCCCCCCCUCUCCCCCCUCCCCAACAGCACCCGGGCAUGUACAUGCCAUACCCUCACCUUCCGCCUCCCCACACUCAGAUCCACCCCCAGCUCCACGCCCUGUCCUCCAGAGGGACUGCACCACGGCCCAGUUUGCCCCAUCAGGGGGGUCUGGCCCUCGGAGGCGUAAUGCCGGCCUCCACCCCUCCUCACCGGGUCAGCCCUCCGCUUCACAGCCAGGCUCACCUGGGGGGGCUGCAUAGUCCUCACCAGCAGCUCAGUGGACACUCCAUGGGAAUGACACACUCCCCCGCCAUCACGCAGGCCUACGCCCUCCAGUCCGACUAUCAGCCAAUGGGAGGGGGGUUGAUGAACCGGGGGCCGGCCAUGUCCUCAUCGCUCGACUACCACCACCAGCUGGGUCGGCACAUGCCCCCCGCCCACCGCCCGCACCUCGACUGGAACGCUGAUUACCAUGGCGACGGAGGUCCUCAGCGAGACAAAUCUUUGUACCUGAGUUAAACUCCGCGCAAAGUGAGGCCAAACAUCAUCCUUCUCCUGCCGCACUGCGGGACCUGAUCAUGGCACUACCACGUGGACUUGCAGCAGACCUCCUGGACGAGAAAACCCCAAGAAAAGAGAGAAUGUGUCCCAUCCCUAAGAGGACGGGUCAAACCAGGAAGCGGACGUCCUGGCUUCCUGCAUGUAGAUGAGUGGAAGUGCAUCCCCUGUUUGAGUGGAAGGAUGAAUGAAGGUUCAUGUACUGUAUAUACUGUACUGCAAUACAAGGAGCCCAUUCCAUACCACCAGUAUUUCAGGAGUCUCGCUGAAAAGAAAACCGUAGUAAAGUCCAAUCACGGCUGUCGACUCAAUAAAACAGUUUGAAUAUGAAGACAACAAAGUUUUAGCGGUAUAAUAUUUGUUUUUAUAUUCAUAUUUGUGUGACCCUUAGUACUUUUUUUCUUUUCUCUUCCAAUGGCGCCAGCCCCCAAAUAGAAAACCAUCUACCUGCUUUUCUUUCUCCUUUUAUGUCAUCAGGCUGUGAAGAAUCAAAUCCAAAUGUCAAAUACUGUAAUAACCAUGGAUGAGUUUCCUUUCACUGGGCGCCAUCUCGCCGCAACCAGAAAGCGACCAUUGUCCCCACGUUGUUCAUCUUUUAGUCCUGGAAGCCAUGAAGUCAAUUCCUUCUCUGCCCAAUCAAUAAGACGCUUCAUGACAUCCUUCAUGUGUACAGUAUUCAUUUGCAUGCUCCUCUCUUCUAUUUAUCAAUGGACAAUGUUUUCCAUCCACCUUUCUUUCACUCUUUUUAUGACCAUAAGACUCGCUACCUUUUUUCUAUUUCUUGUCUUUUUUGGCAGAUGAAAGGACUCUGGGCAACAACCAUGAAGAUUUUCUUAUUUUUAGAUUCUAAAAAUGUGUUUGACAAUAAAGUCAGUGCUGCAUUCAUGUGCAGUCAUUACUCCAAAUCUUUUCUCUUUCCU